UUUCUUCCAAAAUUUUUAGUAAAAUUAAGCUCGAACCAUACCAGGCACCCUCCCACUACCAUCCCCCGAUAAUCUUGAAUGAAGUUACAGCUCUGCGGUACAUUGAGCUCGACUGUACGUUGAUCUGCUCCCCGAAAACACAGCAGUAGAAUCCACCAACUUCCUAUACAAAUUCCCAUAUCCCACUGUAAAUUCCCAUAUAAAAGCCAUCUCUUUUUUACUCCCACUUAACAAAUAUCAAUUAUCUUCUCUCUCGUCAUAUUACAAUGCAACAGCUUUUCGUCCUUUUCAAACUUCUACUGGUGCUCGCAUUUUCGUCUGUUUUUUCGGCGGUUUUAUUGAUGGCGAUAUGCUGCGGUAAAUCAAAGAAGAAUAAGAAAUCUACUUCUUCACUGAAGAGUGAAAUUCGGCAACCGGAGUCAGCGAUGAUCGCGGGAAAAGAAGCGGCGGCGUCAGAAACGGCUAUUCCACCGUCAACAAGAGAAAAGAUUUCUGGUAAUAAAAGUGUAAUCUCGACAAAUACCCCAGCUGAAAAAACUACUCAGAAAGCUCCAACAGCGACUGGCGCGCCACAAGAAGGUGUUAAGUCAAAAGCAAAGCCUACAACAACUGCUCCUCUUCCUCCUGCUUCUCCUCUUCAACCAUCACCACUUAAACCUACACCAGGAAAAACUACUAAAGCUACAAAAACAUCAAAGAAAGGCAAAGGAUUAGGCAAGAUUGCAGAAGUUGGUGGUAAAAAAUCUUCUGCUCCAAGUCCAACACCACCGACUACGCCUCCUCCUGUUGCGGGUUCAGACGUUAUAUCAUUGAUUCCAAUGUCUCCAUCAACUCCUACUUCGGUGCCAACAAUUUCUUCGAAAGAGAGUGGAACUAGUGGUACAUCUAAAUUGAUUACGGAAACGGCUACAACAGCCACUAGUGAUCCAGCUCCCAGUUCCAACAUAAUCGAGGAUAUUGACGAUAGUGUCAGUGAAAAGAGUGCCAGCAAAAAGAGUGCCAAAAGGAAGAAAAGUGCAGCUAUCAGAGCGCAUGAGGACGGGCCUGAGGACGAGAUGACGGGUAAACCUCUUUGA